ACGCGAACGCGCGUUGUUGUGCAUUUGUUGAAAACGUACGCGCUAUUUAUUUGUUUUUUUUUGUAUAUUUCUUUAUAUAUGCAUUAGCGCACUAAUACAUUUCCUACAUCGACUUCUAAAUUGAACAAGUUCCGCGUCAAAAACACAAUAAACAACCCAACAUCAAUGUUUGUGCGUGCGCAAGUGUGUGCUGUAUUGUUUUAAAAGCAUCCCACCUCAUCGCCUCACCGCCCGCCCGCUCAUAUCAACAGCAGUGGCGCGCUUCGUGGCGUAGAGUUGCCCAACCAACAACCAAAAAAUAAGAACAACAACACCAUCAACAGCAUCGGCCUAAUGUCCUACUUUGGCGUCUAUAUACCUCCAUCGAAAUCGGGAUUCGAGGGCAAUGCAGCGCAAUGUGCGGGUUCCAUUGCGGCGGUCAACAUAAAGCCCGCACUGGAGAUGCCGUCAUCCGGCGGGACCAGUAUUAUAUUAACGGGAGAUGAGCUGAAUUCGACCAAAUAUGAGGAUCCCGAUUAUCCACCCGACUCGCCACUCUGGCUGAUCUUCACGGAAAAAUCCAAGGCCCUGGAUGUGCUGCGACACUACAAGGAGGCGCGUCUGCGGGAGUUCCCCAAUCGUGAGCAGGCCGAGAGCUAUGUGCAGUUCGGUUUCGAGAGCAUUCAGUCGCUGAAGCGCUUCGGCAAGACCAAGCCAUUGAGCAAACCCGUUCAGUUAGCAACAAGCAUAGCAGCUAGUUUUAAGGGGACUAACAACAACAACAGCAGUGGCAGCAGCAGCAACAACAGUAGCGAAAAUAUAUACUCAUCAUCGCCAACAGGCAUGAGCUCCUCAACGCUCGCCAUUCUCUCCUCCUCGCCCACCAGCAGCGGCUUCGCCUGCCUAGUGGGUGCCACCAGCAGCGGCGACAACAGCAGCAGCAGUAGCAGCAACAACAGCAUCGGUGCCACCACCUCUUCAGUCACUGCCCGGGACAUACUGCCCUCACUAAAUGCAGAGCGCCCGCCAUUUCGGGCGCCCAUAAAACAGGAGCUCGCCGACUUUCGCAAGCUAAUCGAGGCGGGCAACUAUGAGCGCGUGAAGCGCAUUGUGUGGGAGAAUCCGCGCUUUCUCAUCAGCAGCGGCGACACACCCACUAGCCUGAAAGAGGGCUAUCGCUAUAAUGCCAUGCAUAUAUGUGCCCAGAGCAAUCAGGCGCGUGUCGCCGAACUGAUUCUCAAGAUCAUCUCAGAUCCAAAAUUCACGCAGCUAUAUGCUGGCCUGAAGGCUAGCGAGGAAAUGUGUGCGGCUCUCAAUGAUAAUCUGCUAGAUUAUUAUCUCAACAUACCAGACAAGGGACGGGGCGAGACGCCUCUGCAUUUUGCCGUCAAGAACGGACAUGUGGCUGUUGUCGAGGUCCUCACAUCAUAUCCCCAAUGCAAAUCCCUUUACAACAAGGAGCACCAGCUUCCCAAGCAUAUCAUUUGCCAGCGUGCUCCGAACGCAGAUCCCAUGGUGACCAAGAAAAUCGAAUUGUUGCUAAACGGUCCCUACUAUGUGCCCGUUCUACGUGCCGUAGGCAACGAGUUACCGCCACAAGUAGGCCAACCCUUUACGCCAAACGAACCACCGACAUUGCAGUGCAAGAGCGACGAUAGUGAAGCGCUUAGCGUUAGCUUGACCAUUAGCGCAUUGGCCGGGCCAAUGCCUCGAGAUCAAGCACAGAAUUUUUAUCGUCGCUGGAAGACGCCACCGCGCUUGGGCAGCACACAGCAUUCACCACUGGCCAGCUCACCAUAUAUUUCGCCGAUGAAGACGCCGGCCAAGUCGAUAUUUAACAAAAGCGAUGGGGCCGCCAACCAUUCAUCGCCCACAGGUAGACGCUUGCUGUUCAGUCCGCUGGCGGCAGCAUCGCCAAAACUGGCACAUGUGGAUCAGCAAAAUGGCAACCACCAUCUGGAUGAGAUGCUGGAGGAGGAGUUGGGACCACUGCCGAACAAUGACAGUGGGAGCGGCGAGGAGCCGUGCAAUGACUUGGAACAGUUGGAGAACAACAACAAUAACAAUCAGCAGAGCAUCAAGCAACCAUUUAGUCUGCCAUCGACGCCGAUGCGUCAGACAAAAUCAGAACUAUUUACCGCAUACCGUGAUAUCUGUUCGUCACCGAUCGUUGGCAUACAAUCGCCCGGCAGCAUACCUGCGGCAGAAAGCACAUUCAAUGUGUCUGUGUCAACGUUCAAUGACAGCUUUCGUGAGCGUCACAUCAAGAAUUCGGACAUUGAGAAGGGACUCGAGAUGGUGGGUCGGCAAUUGGCGCUCCAGGAAGAUUUAGAGUGGCGCGAAUAUUGGGACUUUCUCGAUGCCUUUGUCAAUAUUGCAUCCCCAGAGGGCCUCAGACAACUCGAAAACUUUUUCACCGAGAAAUCGGAUCAGGCCUGGAACUUUGCACAAAUGCAUUACUACUUGGAUAUGGUUAGCGAGCGCGAAAAGACGGGCACAUUGAAUACAUCUUCGCAGGCUGAAUUCGCUUCUGCCAGCACCACCACCUCCAUUCCGCAGGUGAUGACCCCGUACACGUGUGUGGAGAAAUCGCUGCAAGUGUUCGCGAAACGCAUCACCAAGACGCUCAUAAACAACAUUGGCAAUUUGGUCUCCAUCAAUGACACCCUGUUGUCCGAACUGAAAAGACUGAAAUCGCUCAUUGUGAGCUUCAAGGACGAUGCGCGCUUCAUGACCGUCGACUUUAGCAAGGUCCACUCCAGGAUCGCCCAUCUGGUGGCCAGCUACAUAGCGCACUCGCAGGAACUGACUCCCGAAAUGAGCCAACAGCUGCACGUCAUGCUCGACAAUCUCUUUAAGUUGCAUGGCGAUCGGCGUGAGCAUUUGGACUGCGUCUGCGCCAGCAUGCUGCAAAUGCUGAAGCAGGCGCCCCAAGUUGAGCUGCCGGAUGCGCUCAAGACCGAAGAACUCUGUGCGGCCGCUUGGGAUGCGGAAAAAUGUUGUCCCUGCCAAUGGGAUCCGAAUCUGAGUCGCAAGACAAGUCGGCGCAAGCGCACAGAAUCCUUGCGUGCUCAAAUCGCUCCUGUGGAGAACAGUGGUGCAGUAUUAUCGGCGGCAGCUGCGGCCGCGUUACGUGCCGCUGCACCACCUAGUUUGGCGGUUGUAGCGCCCGUUCCCAUUACCAACGUUUGGCGCGGCAGCAGCAACAGCGAUGAUGACGACGACGAUGACAGCGACGACGAUGCAUUCUUUUUUGACUGCAGUGCUGAUCAGGUUUUGGCCAGCGAUGAAGACGACGAAGAGGUCUUCAUGACGCCCCCGCAAAGUCUGUCGCCCGUGCCGUCGUCCAACAAUGUGGAGCCACCUUAUGAGCUGUUCAUCUUUGGCAAGGAGCCGACGAAGCGCGAUCUGGAUGUGCUGAAUGCGAUAUUUCAUCUGGACAUUGUGAAGGAGGCGCAUCCUCGUGUGUUUGCCUGGAAAGCAGCCAUGGAGAGCUUUACGCCCGCCGAAAUGGAUCUAUUCCCAUCGCCCAAGUACGUGCAAAAGGCGCACAAACCGGUCUUUACGCCCGCCGCGCUUAAAGCGCCGAACAGCUCACACAGCAGCGCCAAUCUUUCCACAGACAACGGAUCGUCGAUUGUGCUGUCGAAACAUAUAUUUGCCACGCCCAAGUUAAAUGCUGUGGUUCCGCGUCGUAGCGCAGCGACGCCAACGGUGCCACCAAAGCCGCUACGCCUGCCACGCUCCACACCACCAGUAAUAACCUCGGGGCAGUUAACGCUGGAAAAUGGAUAUGUCAUCGAAAAGAGUCACACAACUGAGACGGUGCCGGUGCCUGUAACAAUGUCUACAGACUCGACUGUUGCGGGUGGUGGUGGUGCUGCUGCUGCGGGUGGUGGUGGUGGUUUGAAUUUCCCCUCCAAUAUUUCACAGCCAUUCCAAACACCGCUCAAUAAAGUGCGCGGCCUAUUCCACAAGUAUCGCGACCCACGCCCCGACUAUAGUCCCAUAGGAGGCGACAUGAGUAGCAGCGAUGCGCCGAUACAAUCACUGAAUGAGAGCUUCUAGCAGCUGUGGGCGGUAGGCGUGACAGAAACUACAACAAAUAUAAAUACAACAACAGCCAACAACCACACGGAUACAAAAGUGACAAAAGUGUCAGGAACUGAUAAGGAGGAGGCCUCAUCAUGACUUUGAAUUACUUUUGCUGCAUUGUGCCUCCCAAACAUAAAUUCUUGCAGCUUUGAAAUUAAAUUUCAAAUGCCGAGUAAAUAAAACAAAACCCAUACACACACGAAAAAAUA